CGUCUCGUGGGCAUCGCCGCCUGUGGCGGCCGGGACCGGUGCCUGGGCGUGGGGUCGGGGCUGGCACGGGCACGUGACGGGCAGGCGGGACCGGACCCAGGGUGGCUGCUGCCCUGGGCCCGACGCCCUGCUCUGGACCCCGCGCAGUGCGCGAGACCGGCAGUGAGAGCUUUGACCCCCCUUGGUCCGGCUGCCCGGAACCGUCAGGGCCUGCCCAGCUGCGGGAGUCGCGCUGGUGAACCCUAAAUCGGUUGAAGAACUAGUUCAUUCUGCUUCUGCUGCUGGCCAAAGUGCUGGGCGAUGGAAGGGGCUGCAGCCGUUUUCAGGAACGGCAGUCCCAGAACAGCUGUGCAGACACAGUAACAACCUCUCCCCAGCAGGCUGGGAUGGGGUAGCGUAGAGGUCACCCUUCUCCUGUCCUUACAGCAGCUAAGACUCUGGGGGAGAAUAGCAGAGGUUAUUACACAAGGUGGAGCUCCUGAGUAGGGAUUAGAACUGGGCAAAUAACUGUCUCGUCAGUUCACUGGCAAUUCCAAAUGUCAGAAAUGAAACAUUUUCUUCCAAUUUUAGGUAUUUUAAACUGUUUUUAAAAAAGUAUGUGGAAAAGAAGAGUCACAGAAUCUAAUUAGAGUCACCUCCCUUAUACCCGAUAGCCCAGUGAUUAGGGCAUUCAGCUGGGAUGCAAGAGACAUGGGUUCAAGUCCCUGCUUCAAAUUACGGGUUUCCCCUGAGUGUCCUGCAUCCCUAACCACCAGGCUAUGGGAUGUUCUGGGGUGGGUAUCUGUCAGUCUCUCUUGUUGAAGCUGUUCCACUGUGGCUAAAUAGAGUCAUUGGAGCAGAGGCUGGAAGAUGGGUGUGCCCUUAGGGCAGUGCCACCAGGCUAGAGCGCUACUCUCCCCUAUGCUUGUUCUGGCACAAUGACUAUUUGGGUAUUUUAUAAAAAGUGAAACUGCUUCUGCAGGAGAGCCUCUCACCCCCUCCCCCAGUACCUAAUGGCCUGAGGACAGUCCCCUGAGAUGGGGGAGGCCCUAGUUCAGGUCCUUGCUUUGGAGCCUAUGGUAAGGAUUAAAACAUAGGUCUCCCAUAUCCCAGGUGAGUGCCCUAACCACUGGGCUACUGGGUGUAAUAAGAGGGGGCAUCACCUCCUUCAUUUUGGGAAUGGUACUCAAGGCCCCAUCCCAAACUGCCUCCCACCCUCUGCAAAGUGCUGAAAGUCCCAUCCACACCUGCCAAAACCUCCAGCUUCCUCCACCUUGACAACUUUUGGAAGCAGUUAUUGUCAACACACAAAUCUGCAGCAUAUUGAAAAUGGAGGAAUACACUGAAUUUAAUAUCCAAAUAAAUAGCACAGGUUACUGCAUUAUUAUUUCAGUAGGACCCACAAUGUGUUAAGUGGUGGUCUAAUACAAAAGACCACCUCUUGCCCCAAACAGCUUACGAUAUUGAUUGUUGAACUCUUGCAAUGGUGUCAGAGAGAAAAGUCAUGAUAACUUUCAGAUAGAUGGAGGAGGCUACCCCUCAUCAAAGAUGGGAGGAGGAAUAGCUCAGUAGUUUGAGCAUUGGUCUGCUAAACCCAGGGUUGUGAGUUCAAUCUUUGAGGGGGCCAUUUAGGGAUCUGGGGCAAAAAUUGGGGAUCGGUCCCCCUUUGAGCAGGGGGUUGGACUAGAUGACCUCCUGAGGUCCCUUCCAACCCUGAUAUUCUAUGAUUCCCCUGAGCCAAUAGCUCAGCAGGCUGAUAGAUGAGUCACAUCAGUUUUAUAGCCAAUGGUUUAAUGUGGCCAGCAUCACAUCCAGGUGCCUCUGACUGCCCUAACCCACUGGAUCAGGCAUCUAUUUUGCAGUUGGCUGAACUGAAGGUAGCCUUUCAGUGUGAGAUCAAGCAAAACUUAAACCAGUGGCUGCAGUUAAAGCCCAGGGAAGUGGAAGGCCAGGGUGGCCAAGUUUUCAUGGUUUUCUUUGCAAUCCCAAGGGCCCACGGACCACUGUAAAUCAACUCCUGCUCCGAGUAGAUCCUCGGUAGAAUGUCUAACUCUCCCGUCCCCAGUCAACCACUAAUUUCCUACCCUUGUUUCAGCAAGGAGGGAUUGGGAUAGGCUUCUAAUUUCCCUCACUGCAAACCAGUUCUGCAGGCAGAGUGCAGAUUUUGACACCACUGCAUGUUGGCCCUGGUGAUGUUAAGGGAGAAGAAGUGGGUGACGGUGGGAGACACAUCCCUUCGGAUAUUCAAGUGGGUGCCUGUAGCAGACAGUAAAGAGAAAGAGAAGUCCAAAACAAGUAGCAGCACUGCCCGAGAACCCAAUGGCUUCCCAGCUGACUCAUCUGCCAACUCCUCCCUCCUCCUGGAGUUCCAGGAUGAGACCAGUAACCAGAGCUCCUUGUCGGACGUUUACCAGCUCAAGGUCGACAGCAGCCCGAACUCGAGCCCCAGCCCCCAGCAGAGCGAGUCAAUGAGUCCGGCACAUACGUCCGACUUCCGCACGGACGACUCACAGCCACCUACACUGGGGCAGGAGACCCUGGAAGAGCCCUGCCUCCCUUCCUCGGAAGUUGCAGAUGAGCCUCCCACUCUCACAAAGGAGGAGCCUGUCCCUCUCGAGACUCAGGACACUGAAGAGGAGGAUUCUGGGGCGCCGCCUCUGAAGAGAUUUUGUGCAGAUCAGAACUCUGUGUGCCACACGGCCUCGGAGAGCUAGGGACAGGCCCCUCCUGCCUGCCCCCGCCGCAGAGCCCUCCUGCUCUACCCCGGGACAGGCCUCUCCCACCAGCCCCCCGCAGAACCAGCUCGCCAUCCCCAGGGACGGGCUCCUCCCUCCAGCCCCCCGCAGAGCCGGCCUGCCCUCCCCAGGGAUGGGCCCCUUCCACCAGCCCUCCUCCCUUCCCCAAGCCAGCCUGCCCUCCCCAGGACGGGCUCCUCCUGCCAGACCCCCUCCCUCCCCUGAGCCAGCCUGCCCACCCCAGGGACAGGCCCCUCCUGCCAACCCGUGCAGAGCCGGCCUGCCCUCCCCAGGGAUGGGCCCCUUCCACCAGCCCUCCUCCCUUCCCAAGCCAUCCUACCCUCCCCAGGACGGGCCCCUCCUGCCAGACCCCCUCCCUCCCCUGAGCCAGCCUGCCCACCCCAGGUGCAGGCCCCUCCUGCCAACCCGCGCAGAGCCGGCCUGCCCUCCCCAGGGACGGGCUCCUCCCUCCAGCCCCCUGCAGAGCCCGCCUGCCUUCCCCAGGGACGGGCUCCUCCCACCAGCCCCUUGCAGAGGAACUAGUCUGUAGUCUGUCCUUCCCUCAGGGACAGGCCAGGGCACCUCGCACCAUCAGUACUUGCAAACUUGCCUCUAUUUAUUGGCUCCCUUUUCUUGCUGAUCUGUGCUGGUGUGGCAGGGGUGGGACUGGUCAUGCAGCCUGCUUGUGUGAGGGGCUGAGUCCUCUGGGUCUCCUGCUCUGCCUGGGCCCUGGGCGAGAACUGCAGCCUGACAGAUGUUGUUCCCCUGCAGGACGAUGGUAUUUAGGGUCCCGUGCCCCCAGUUGCCAGGAAUGAAAGAGCCGUUCCUGCUGCACUAAGUAGUUUCUCUUCCCCAGAGAAUUGUUUCCAUGUCCUGGAGCUUCCCCCAGUAAACAAGCCUCAUUGAUGAGCCGGGUUAGGUGAGCAUUUGGGGCAUGGGACCGCCUAGCACUGGAACUUUGACAAAGGACUUCGCCCUGCAGGGCAGGGAUCCUGAGCUGGGACAGUGUGCAAUAGCUGUUGGUUUAAGCCAUUUGUGCUGGAGGAGACAGGUGCACCCGUGCUAUGGAGGGUAGGCAGAUGAGUGAGUCAGGGCACAGCCGCCAUCCCCAGGCAUGUGCUAUGGGGCCUCUGGAUGUCUUGCCACUCUCCCCCGGCCCUGCAGGGUGGCAGUAUUCAAGGGUGCAGGCUGUAGGCACAGAGCUCUUAGUAUUGGAGGGAUGUUGCCACCAGGUCCCUGGCUGGCUCUGCGCCUGGCAUCGACCCGCGGUUCCUUAUGUGAGUGCCCAUGGGAGAGGCUGAGGCAGCAUAGGUUUUCUUCAGCUUGAGGGUGGGAAGGUCCUGCUGUGAGGCCCACUCCAAGUCUACCUCAGGGACCGGGAAGGACACAGCAGGGUCUAGGGUCUCUCCCAGAAAACCCAGGGGCCUUGGUUCUCACUCUCCCAGCACUGUCAGGGUGGCGUCAUUUCCCAGUGUACCCUUACACUGCCUGCCCUUGAUGCCUGAUCUGCACACUCUGGCACCUCUCUCACUGGCUCCCAGUCAGAGCUGCUCCCCAGGCUUGUUUACCAAGGAACUCCCAUCCCUCCUCUCCAACACCAUGGACCUGUUUCCUCUUCGUUGCGAUCUGCAUGUCAAAUUGAGUCUGUGAUUGAGCCUCUGUUGAAGCCGAAGGCGCCGGCUGUGUGUGGAAGUGGAGAGAUAUUUUAGCACUGAAUAGAAUAUUUUUAAAAUUAAACUAUUUGAAAUACA